AUGAGUGCUCAAACAACUCCAAACAGACUUGUUAAUCAAAUUACAAGCAAUUUAGUGAAGAAGAAAGGAAAUCUACUCGGUUGUCAACAAGGCAAAUGGUUGUUAGCAUUCAUUGAUGAUUUAAAUAUUCCUCAAGUUGAUCAAUUCGGUGAUCAACCAACAUUGGAAACCUUAAGAUAUAUUCUUCAAACAGGAUCGGCACUUGAUGCAAAGAAAAAUCAAAUACGUCCUCUAUCUGAUUUAACAUUUCUAGCUGCAUGCGAUUCGCCAUCAUCAGGUCGAUUGGCACCGUCGAAACGUUUACUUCAAUCUUUUGCAAUCUUUGCUCUGCCCGAUCCCGCAGCUAAGCAACUCUUUCACAUCUACAGUGUUCGUCUCGGUCGAUUCUUGAAUAGUUUAGACUUCUCGGUUGAUGUUCGUUCCUCACUUUACCUUCUUGUCUCUGCUUGUCUUGUUAUGUACUAUCGCGUAUCGAUUAAUAUUCUUCCAACGCCAUCGAAAGUUCAUUAUAUAUUUAAUCUUCGAGAUUUAGCUAAACUUGCGCAAGGUUUAAUGCAAGCAUCGACCUUGACAACGACAAACCAGGAACGCUUAGCAGUUUUGUUUGCUCACGAAUGUUUGCGUGUUUUCGCUGAUCGGUUAGUGACGGAAAGUGAUCUGGAGAUAUUUUAUAAGCAUUUGAAUGCUACAACGAACAGUUAUUUCAAAGUUUCAUUGAAUGUUUCGAAUUAUUCCGACAAUCCGAUCUUAUUUUGCAAUUUCCUCAAAUCUGACGAUCGUCUUUAUCAACAAUUGAACGAUUGGCGACAAUGUUGUCCGGUAUUUUUGGAUUAUCAGAUGAAACAAUCAUUGAGUGGACAAUCAACAUUGAAAAUGGUCUUCUUUAAAGAAGCUGUCGAACAUGUAUUGCGAAUCUGUCGAGUUAUCCAACAACCGGGCGGUCAUCUUCUACUGAUUGGCCUUGAUGGAACAGGUCGAAAAACGUGCUUAGAAUUGAGUGCGUUAGUUUGCGGCCAUUCGAUGUUUCAGUUGAAUAUCAAACGCGGUUAUGCGUAUCAAGACUUUCGUGAUGACUUGAAGAUUGUAUUCAAAGCUGUUACAGUUCAAAAUCGACCAAUGGCGUUGUUUAUACAAGAAAAAGAUUUACUUUUUGAUAGUUUCAUUGAAGACAUUGAAAGUAUUCUGAAUUCUGGUACUGUUGUUGAUCUAUUUGAACCGGAUGAAUUCAAUGCCUUGGCAAUGGAUAUGAAAAAUGAAGCUUACAUAUCGAAUAUGAGUGAUACACCCGGUCAACUUCGUGAAUUUUUCUAUCAACGUGUUCGAACGAAUCUACAUGUGAUUCUUUCGUUUUCUCCUGCUGGUAAUAAAUUCCGUGAAAUCUGUCGUUUGCAUCCUGCUCUGCUCAACUGUACAAGUAUUGAUUGGUUUACCGAAUGGAGUGAAAUGUCAAUGGUACAGGUGGCGGAUGUUUUUCUUGAAGGCGUCGAUUUAAAAAUUUUACCAUCCGAUCGUGAUACACUCAAUGAAAGAGAACUUCAUCAUCAAAUAGCACUCUGUUGUGUCGCGAUGCAUAAGAUCGUUAUUGAAGCUGCUAAACGAUUCUUUGCUGCGCAUAAACGACAUUACUAUCUAACACCAUCAUCGUAUAUGGAUUUAAUGAAAGCGUUUGAUAGAACAAUGACACGAACUAAGCAAGAAUUUCUCACGAAUUAUAAUCGAUUGUCGACAGGUCUGGCGAAGUUAUCAGAUGCAAAUGCAAGUGUUGGCGUUAUGCGUGAUGAAUUAGCUUUACUUGGACCGCAGAUCGAUGCGAAAGAAAAGGAAAUUGAACAACUAUUGAGUCGAUUACAAAAAGAUCACACUGCCGUCAUAGAAGUGAAGGAAAUUGUUGAGUUUGAAGAACAAAAAGUUCGUGAAGAUACCGAUAUGGUCGAACGUUAUGCAGGUCUUGCUGAACUCGAUCUACAAAGUGUUAAACCUGUUCUCGAAGAAGCCAUGGCGGAUGUAUCCCAACUUGACAAAGCUGACGUAGCAGAAGUUCGAGUCUAUCAAAGUCCACCGUAUCAAGUCAUGAUGGUCAUGUGCGCUGUUUGUGUCCUAUUAGAAUGUAAAUCAGAUUGGGCAACGGCACGACAAGUGCUUGGCGAUUCAGGUUUUAUCAGUCGUUUAAUGAAUCUUGAUAUUAACAAUAUAUCUGAUCGAACAUAUCGAAAACUUUUACAAUAUUCACGUAAUCCGGAAUUUACACCAGAUGUAAUCGGUAAAGUUUCAUCAGCUUGCCGAUCAUUCUGUAAAUGGGUUUUGGCUAUUCAACGAUAUUAUGAAGUGUAUCGAACAGUGAAACCCAAAGAAGAAAAAGUUAAAACAGCGAACGAAGCAUUAGCUGUAAUGCAAAAGAGUCUGUCACGAAAACAAGAAAUGCUGAAACUGGUCAGAGAUCAUUUACAAGAAUUAGAAGACAAACACCGUAACAGUGUCGACGAGAAACAAGCUUUAUAUGCACGUCGUGAAUUGAUGAAACAACGAAUGUCUUGCGCACAUGAAUUAACCAAUGUUUUAGCCAUCGAAAAAAUACGCUGGCAGGAGCAGGUCACUCAGCUUGAAAAACAAGUACGUUUAUUGAUUGGAGAUGCGUUGCUAUCUGCGGGUGCUAUCAAUUAUUUUGGACCGUUCAAUAGCGAGUUUCGAUAUGAGAUUUUACACGAUUUCCAAAAAGUUUUAACAAAUAAUCAGAUUAAUUUCUCGACGAAUUAUUCGUUAGCAAAUAUGUUAUCGACAGCAAGUGAGAUUAGACAUUGGAUUAGUCAAUUAUUACCAGAUGAUGAGUGUUCAAUUGAAAACGCGGUGCUUGUCAAACAUUGUAUUAAAUGGCCACUACUCAUCGAUCCACAACGGCAAGCGAUUCAAUGGAUUCGGACGAAAGAAACCGAAAAUAAUCUUCGGAUUAUUUCUGCUGACGACACAGGUUUAUUACGUGUCUGUGAACAAUGUAUUCGACUUGGUUUACCAUUGAUCAUUGAAAAUAUGGGCGAAACGAUUGAAUCGUCUUUAGUGCCACUACUGAAUCGAGAUUUAUUCGAUCGGAAACUUUCAGCAACAGGAACUAUUCGUUUUAAUGAAGUUGACAUCGAAGUGAAUUCGAAUUUCCGUGUUUAUUUCAUCACACAGCUGAAUAAUCCACAUUUUCUCCCCGAUGUUUGCAUCCGUGUUACUCUAAUUAAUUUCACCAUCACACCCAACGGUUUAGAACAUCAGUUGUUGAGUGUGGUCGUUUUGAACGAAGAACCACAUUUAGAACACGAACGAAAAUCGAUCUUAGAAACCAUGGCACAAGAUUUAAAAAGUCUGCGUGAAUACGAAGAUCAAACAUUAGAAAUGUUAACAUCGUCCGAACAACAUCUCCUUGAUCGUCAUGAUCUCAUUGAUAUCCUCACUCGCUCGAAAAUAACUAGUGACGAAAUUGCCAAUCGUGUUCGUGAGAAUGAAGCUAAUGAACGACAGAUCAACAUCGCACGUCAGUGUUAUGUUUCCUUGGCUAAACGUGGCUCACUAUUGUAUUUCCUUACCAAUCAUUUAUCACGUUUAAAUGUCAUGUAUCAAUUCUCUCUGACAUGGUUUCAACGCACAUUUCAUUCGUGCAUCUUAGAUCGAGAUACAUCACGUCGUAUGAGUAUGACCAAUCUCGCGCCGGAUCUUGAAGUAGCUCAACGCUUAAUGCGACAACAACGACGACGAAGUUCAAUAUUCAGUAAUCCAAUUCAAUCGCCACGAAUCAGUUUUAGUGAUGAUUCAUCACAUGACUUUGCUUCACCAGCAAUGAGUGCAAGAAUGAGACGUAAUACAAAACAGUACACGCAACUAAUUAAUCCUCAGCAACGAGCAGCAACACUUCGUAUGAUGGUGGAUCGUUUAACUUACACACUCUAUCAACUCGUCUCAUGGAGUUUGUUUGCUGAACAUCAACUGUUGUUUUCGUUUCUAUUGACCACAACAAUCGAACGUGAAGCAGCAAAUGAAAAGAACACACCUACUCCUAUACCAUCAGACACUAUUCAUGAGGAACAGACUGAAACAGUGCCAGAACCAGAAACAAACGCUGCAGUGAUUACACAAGACGAAUGGACUUGUUUCAUGAGUCCGCUUGUAACAAAUAUUACUGAAGAAAAACUUUCGUUUAUUAAUGAUAAAUUACCAUCAUUGUAUCCUGUCUGUCGAAAAUUACUACUCGACACUGAUUCCGAGUUCUUUAAACAUUCACAUCCGUAUCUGUAUCUAACUCGAAACGGAAAAUUCAAUGAUUUAUCACGCUUUCGCUGUUUACUAAUCAUAAAAAUCCUUCGACCUGAUACAUUACUUCCAUCGAUUUCUCAAUAUGUUACCGAUCAAAUGGGCAGCAACUUUCUCUCAUCAGGAUUUGCAAAUAUACAAGACAUAUAUACACAUUCAUCGCCGCAAGCGCCUAUUAUUCUUUUGCUCUCUCCUGGUACCGAUCCGACUAGUCUUCUGAUUCGUUUUGCACGAGAAACACGCGGAACUGCAGCACAUUUGGACGUGAUCUCGUUAGGUCAAGGCCAAGGACCGAAAGUUGAAGAAGUUCUUUCGAAAGCUCUAACUUUGAAAGGCCGAUGGAUAUUUUUACACAAUUGUCAUUUAAGUGCAUCGUUCAUGCCAAGACUACGCGUACUUGUUAAUAAUUUCAAUAAACCUGGUCUCGAGCUUGAUAGUCAAUUUCGAUUGUUUCUUUCUUCGAAACCUGACAAAAACUUUCCUUUAGAACUGCUACAACUCGGUCUUAAAAUGACUGUUGAGUGGCCGAGAGGUUUGAAGAGUAGUUUACUUCAAACUUUUGGACCAACAGGUAUCGUCAACGAAAAAGUCUAUGAAAAGAGUACACUAGGACCGUACUGGCGUCGUUUGGUAUUCAAUCUCGCCUUUUUCCAUGCUGUUAUUCACGAACGGAAGAAAUUCGGUGCAUUAGGAUGGAAUUUAAGUUAUGAGUUCAAUCAAUCAGAUUUGGAAGUGGCUGUAUUAGAAUUAGAAAGUCUUGUACGUCGUUCCAAAAGUCAAAUACCAUCAUUUGACGUGUUCUGUUAUCUUGCUGGUUCGAUCAUCUAUGGUGGUCGAGUCACUGAUGAAUUUGAUCGACGUAGACUGCUGAGAAUUAUUGAACGAUUUUACUGCCCAGAAACUUUGGAAGAAAACUACUCCUAUGCAGGAGAUAACACAUACAAAGCUCCAAGUUUAGAUUUGAAUUUUUCCAAUCUAUUGUCGUAUAUUAAUGCAAUGCCAGAUUUCGAUGAUCCACGCGUAUUUGGUAUGCAUCCGAACACAAAUCGAGCAUUGAUGUAUGUGCAAGCAAAUCAAUUUGUGGAUAUGUUAGUAACGAUUGAACCACAAUAUCGUAUGAUGAUGUCAUUUGGUGCAUUAACGGAUGGUGAUGCAGCUUGUAUGGCUAUUAUCGACGAUAUUACAUCGAAAGUACCACGUUCUAUUGAAACUGGUUUUGGUGCUGGAACGCGUCACAUUACAUUUGAAGUGGCACUAACGAAAAUUUCUACUAAAUUAGGAAAUAAAUAUCGUGCUUAUUUUGUGUUCUUUUCACUACUCAAACAAGAAAUUCGAGCUUACAAUGAAUUACUCGAGCUGAUUUACUCGACAUGCGAUGAUCUUCGUCGAGCUUUGGUCGGCGAAAUAGUUGUCAGUGAAAUUCUAGAAGAAAUUCAACAUAAAUUACUAAUGAAUGAAUUACCAUCGAUUUGGCAAAGAAAAUCCUAUCCAUCAACGAAAGCGCUUCGUGCGUGGAUUAUGAAUCUACUUGAACGAAUCACAUUCUUUCAAAAUUGGACUCAUCUGGUCAUAACUUUUGUUGAAGAUGAAAAAGCAUUAUCACCCUUACCAACAAUGUUCAAUACUGCUGCAUUCUACUAUCCGAAAGGACUUUUCUCUGCUAUACUACAAAGUUCUGCUCGAUUGUUUGCAUUACCGAUCGAUCAAUUGAAAUUUCAUUACAAAGUAUUGGAUGAUGAAGAAGAACUUGAAACAUUACAAUCAUCAACCACUGCGAGUGACAUUUCCAAUGGCAUUAUCAUCGAUGGAAUCUAUUUGGAUGGCGCACAAUGGGAUAAUAAACGUCAUGCGAUCGUUGAUUGUACUAAUCAACAACGAAGUCACCGUUUACCACCGCUUCUUUGCCAACUUGUACCGAAAAACACAGCAGCAAGUGAUUCGAGCAAUAUCUAUGAAUGUCCUGUAUACCUAACAGCUUUACGUGCAGUGAGUGCGAACGAAGCAGCGAAACACUUGGUCAGCACAAUUACAAUACCAUGCUCCGAAACUGAAGCAUUCUGGACAACGCGAUCUAUUGCUGGUAUUCUUGAAGUGAAUGAAUAA